CACUCACUCACACUUGUACGUAGACGUACCGGUACCGGUAGAGAUUUGUUUGUUGUUGAUGCAUGCCACGUACGUUGAGAACUUUCCACGAAAAAUGCCUACGUAGCUAUACAGACUCGUGCGCCGUAACUCCUGGCGAAUAACGCUUCACCGUUCCGCUAAAGGAAGGAGCUAGAGCUAGCUUCAAAGACACCGGUCAACAUGUCGGCGGGGAAGGACAAUUAUCGUGAAGCCAGUCGGCUGUUGUUUCUUUGUGUCAUGUGGUAUUUAAGCAGCUUGGGACAGAAUGUCAUCAAUAAACAUUUAUUCACGGAAUUUCCUUAUCCAACGACUGUUUCAAUGUGUCAUAUGCUGGCAGUUGCGAUACUUUUGGAGCCGGUUUUGAGACUCUGGAAUGUGCCGGCUCCGGAAGUCAUUGACAGAAGACAUUUCUUCAUUUUGGUUUUACCUCUUGCAUUCGGAAAGUUUUUUUCAUCAGUUUCAGCAGAAUUUAGUAUUCUUAAAGUUUCAGUAUCUUUUGCACAUACUGUGAAAGCCACAAUGCCAAUAUUUACAGUAUUUUUAUCACGGCUGGUCCUAGGAGAAAAACAAACAACAAAGGUAUAUUUAGCAUUAGUUCCCAUCAUCUGUGGUGUGAUGAUCGCGACCUUGACUGAACUCUCUUUUGAUAUGUUUGGUCUCAUCGCUGCUCUGACUUCCACCAUUACCUUCGCCCUCCAGAAUGUAUACUCUAAAAAGGCUCUUCGAGACCUAAAGAUCCACCAUCUAAGGCUGCUGCUGAUGUUGGGCCAGAUAGGGUCUCUCAUGCUGCUGCCUAUAUGGUGUUUCUUGGACUUCAGAAGAAUCAUUGUAGAUAGAAAAGUACUUACAACUAUCAGCUGGUCAUACACCCUCACCCUCCUGUUCUUCAGUGGUCUUCUCAACUUCUUCCAGAACAUCUUUGCGUUCAGCGUCCUCAACCUGGUGACUCCGCUGAGCUACUCCAUCGCCAAUGCUUCCAAGAGGAUCUUUGUGGUUCUCAUGUCACUCAUAAUGCUCAAGAAUCCAGUCACGCCUCUCAACGUCAUCGGCAUGACAACGGCCCUGCUUGGAGUCACCUGUUACAAUCUGGCGAAGUUUGACCAGACCCGGUCCAAGAACGUCCUGCCGAUGGUGAACUCUGACCUUGUAGAUGGGCGCAUCUUGACGGAGCAUGAGAAGGCCAACGGGCACGCCAAGGCCUAUCAUGAUGUAUGACGCCAACUGAGAAGGGGUAUCAGCCCUACCUUCAGAGUCGGACGCAACAACGAAGCCAGGAUAUAUGAUGUGUGAUCCAUGAUGUGUGAUCUCUUGUGAGUGAGCCUGAAACUUAGCAUAUGAUGUACAGUCCAGUUUAGAUGCCCUGUAAAUUUACACAAUUUUCAGGUGUGUGCCCCUCCCCCCCCCCCCCCCCCAUCCCCCCGUUGAAUGGCCAAAAAAAAAUACAGAAAAGGUAGACAAGGAACCAGAGAAAGAGAGUGCAGAAAAAGGAUGAGAAAGAAGAUGAUAGGACCCGGAUCUGUCUAAGGGGCCAUUUUCGUAAUGUAAUCAAAUUCAAUGUACAAAUCUUUGUUAAGUGCCCCUUUACAAAUUAUUUCAUUCACCUGUUACGAAUAAUUGUAUUUCAACAGUCAGAAUGCGAAUUGCAUACUGAGGUAGGACAAGCCAUAAUGUUUGUCCCACCUAGCAACAAUCAAUGCAUGUUAUUCGCAUUCUGACUGUCGAAAUACAAUUAUUUGUUAACAGGUGAAUGAAAUAAUUUGUAAUGGGGCACUUAACAAAGAUUUGUGCAUUAAAAUUGAUUGCAUUACGACAAUGGCCUAUUGGUUUCCUAAUAGAUUCACAUUCUCUUUACCAUAGCCCCCCUCCCCCUCCCUCCCACACCCCCUUAAUGUCAGUGCCCUCUCAAUGGUUGGACCCAUGCUACGUGCCUCUACUCGUACAUGUACUAAAUAUCAACAAACCUUUUAUCGUCUCAGCUGGAAGCCAGAAGGGCCUUAGCUCUGUGUAAAUCAUGUAAGAUAAUGCCUUCUGGCUCUCAGGAGAUCAUAUAUGCUAAGCUCACUCUGCAAUCGUGUGCUAGGUUACAGGCUUCUCAUACUGAAUACUUCCAAGAUGUUUUCUUCUUUUUUUGUUCAAAAUUUUUCAGUUCUCUGUUUAUCCUCCCUUUUAUGACACUUUUCCAUCACAAGCCCACAAGUGAUCGUAAUGUUUCAUAGAAUCCUGUAUAACUUGAAUGUAACCAUAUUAAGUAUGCAUUAUACUGCCCCGAAUUGGACACUUAAUAAAAGAAGGGGGAAUGGCCCCAUUUCUGGAGGGCAAAGGUGAUGGUGGAAUAUUACAAAAAUUUGUUUAUUAAUCUUAAUCAUUAUUCAAAACUAUUAUUCUUUUGGCAUACCUGCUAGGCCAGAAGGAAACUUUGGUACCUGCAGAGCAAUUUACCAAAAUAUAAAUCUCCAAAUCUGAUACGUCUUUAGAAGUAAAGGUUUCAUAAUCUACUUAAUGAUUUUUCGGAGAAUGGAUUUCAUUUCAUUUUCUAAAAUUUGAUGACUACUUUUGACUAACUCUCAACCAAGACCCAUUGUGGUGUCUGUGAUUUCAGUACUACUUGCUAAAUCAAUAACCAUGUACAUUGUUCCAUUGUAGUUAGCUAUAAGAUACAAAUCCAUUUUAAUCAAGAUUGAUGAAAUCCUGUAGUUCACUUAAUUUGCCAAAUGACAGGUUUUGUACUAUACUUUAAUGGACAGAUCUGUAUUUGACAACAAUGACUAUUAACACGUUGCGUAAUAUGUGAGAGCAUUGUUGCCAACCAUUCCCGUUCUGGAGGAACAAUUCCUUUUUUUUUUGGCCUUCAUACUAAUGGUAUGAAUUCUAAAAUCUUCUUUUUAAAACCUUACAAAUACUCUGCAUUUGUAAUUUUGCUAUGAGAGAUUCUUAAGUUUUACUGUGAAGGGCAGAUAAGUUAGAUUUUCACAAUUUUACCCCCCAAAAAAAAAAUUCAAAGAAGAGAACAAUAUCAGGUAACAUCAGUGGAUGACAGUGAGAGAGAAAGAAAACAAAAAUUUCACACAGUUUCACCAGAAUUUCUGGAGCGUCUAGACUCUUGUUGGUACCCCUUCGAUGACCAACUUGUAUAUAUAGUAGAAAGAAAAAUGGAGUGCUAUUUAUUGUAAAAUAUUUCUAUUUUGGUAGCAUAUAUAUGCCAUCCUAACAAGGUAUGGGAUUUUAAAUGCUUUAAGGUAACCAGUAUUAUCAUGCCAGUAAUCUAUAGAUUCUAUACAUGUACGUUGCAGCAAUAUAACAAAUGUUUUGGUAUACAGUGCACCUCCAGCCAUCAUGAGUGUAUGGUGUAGGUGUUUGUAAAUGGAAAUUGAAUGGAAUUAUGUGAUUAUGAAUAGCAAAUUUGAUAUUGUGCUGCAGGAAAAUGGACAAGGUAGAUCAAACACGGAAAGGUUAAACGAUUUAUGUGCAAACUGUUACAAAAGUGAUAUUCAAUGACUACAGUGUAUAUGAAAUAUGUUUUGAAGAUAAUCUUGGUGCAUGGCAGGCUGUAAAUU